GACGUUUUCAAUUUGUGUACAUAAAGUUAUAAUUUUCAUGAAAAACAAAUUAAUUUUAUUAAUUGAUAUAUUUAACAGUCAAAUCGUUAAUUAAGGCAGUAGAUCUUUACACUACUAUUGACAUAGAAUCUUGUAGAACAGAAAGUACACGAAUAGAAGCAACUAAUCUUAAAUUUAAGUCAAUCGAAUCAAAAUGUCUUCAAAUAACUUGGAAAGUACGGUGCUAAAUUCAAUUUCCGAGAAACCUUCGAACAAUGACGUAGCUAUAGAUAUUGAGCACAAUGAUGAGCAGCCAAAAAGCUCAAAUACCGAUUUCCCUAAUAUUAAGAUCUACGAUACGAUCGAUGAGUUUAAUAAUAAUCUUCCGGAAACUGUCACACUGUUAAAAAUGCCUAACAAUGUUAACGUCUACUUAGUUGGAACUGCUCAUUUCUCUGAAAAAUCCCAAGAGGAUGUAGCUAAUGUGAUAAGAAAUGUAAAACCCAGAAGUGUCGUAGUAGAGUUAUGUGAAUCUAGGAUUCAUAUAUUGAAGUUUGACGAACAGAAAUUAUUAGAGGAAGCAAAGGAUGUAAAUAUGCAGAAAAUUAGAAGUGUUAUUCGUUCAAAUGGAGUUGUGAAUGGAAUGUUUUAUAUAUUGCUAUUAAACAUGUCUGCUAAGUUGACAAAGGAGUUGGGUAUGGCACCUGGAAGUGAGUUUAGGACAGCUUUAAAGGAAGCAACUAAGCUUAACGGCUGUAAAGUUAGUCUAGGUGAUCGACCUAUUAAUAUAACAUUGCAGCGUGCAAUCAAAAGUUUAACAUUAUGGCAGACAUUAAAGCUUGUAUGGAAACUUAUGUCCAUUGACGAAAAUAUAACAAAAGAAGAAGUCGAGCAGUGUAAACAAAAAGAUUUAUUAGAAGAGCUCAUGAGAGAAAUGGCAGGUGAAUUUCCGAAAUUUGGACAAGUUUUUGUAGACGAACGAGAUAUGUAUUUGUGCUACAGUCUUCAACUUGCUUCCCUCCAUUCGAGACAUCAGCUGCAACAAUCAAAUCGACCACUUGAGCCAUUCAAUGUAGUCGGAGUAAUGGGAAUUGGACAUUGUGCUGGUGUAACAAAAUAUUGGAACUCGAAAAAGGCAAUCGCUGAAGAAAUCCCAAAAAUCAUGACAAUUCCGCCAGCAUCAAUGAGUACAAGAGUGUUUAGUGCUUCAGCAAAGUAUGGCACAUUGGCUCUAGUUGGAUAUGGAGUUUAUCGAUUGACUGCGCCUUAUAUUAGAAGAAUAUUCUGAACAAAGUUUGGACUUGUUGAUUAUUUUUUUUAACAGCACAUUACUAUCAACCUUCCUAUAAUUUAAUUGUGUUAAAUUAUCAUUUUUUAAUGAAACUAUUCCGUAAUAUCAACAAAACAUUUCAUCAAGUAUUCAGUUCUUAUGUUUUUUUGUGUUAACUAAAACAGAUAUUCUAAAGAUGCCCAGUAAUAGCACCAAUAUGAAAUAACUUCUCUUGUUGAGUAAAUCGCGGGUCGGUAAUAAGAUCCAAAUUUAAUCUGAUGGUAUGGGGAAUGAACUGGGAAUGAUUUAGAUCCUAGAAAUAGUAAGCAACGCUCGAAGGUCUGAAUAGGUCCUUUUAUUAUAAAUAGCAUGUCUAAUAUCUUUUUGUCAGCACGUGGCUCGUGAUUAUAUUCCUGAAAAGAAUAUCCUGUCUCCUUUCCUGCUCUGUCACCGACAGAGAGCAAUUUAAUUAAAUAAAUUGAACAAGUUAAAGUUUAAAAAGAUACUUUUAGAAUUAACUUAAAAGACAUUCAUUUGACAAAAAAUUGAACAAUUUUAUGAUUAAGAUCUUUAGCUAGGUUUUAUAAAGUUACUGUUUUGAGUUUCGAAUUUAUUCCACGUCGAUGCUAUUACUGGACAUCAUUCUAAAACGUUAUAUUCUUUAUUUAA